GGCAUCUCACUCACUGAUAACUAUUCGUUUUCUUUCCUCUCCUCUCCCCAUUCCGUAUUGCCCAGAUGCUUCUUGGACUGCCGGGGACGGUGUGGGCGGUGCUCGGCAUCGAGUUUGCGGAGCGCCUCGGUUACUACGCGGUGGCCUUCUCUCUUUUUACGUACUGCACCGUCAUGCUCAAGACGGGGCCAUCCGCCGCCAACGCGAUCAUCAACGUCAUUUACAUCCUCAUUCCCGCCGCCGCCUUCCUCGCCUCGGGUGUGGCGGACAGCAGCGUCGGACAGCCGCGCGUGCUCGCUGGCGCCUUGGCGUUGUACACCGCGUCGCUGCUGGCUCUCUUUCUCUCAGCCUGCCCCGGCAUGUACGGCGAUUUCCCACGUGAUCCACUGACGAUCAGCAAGGUGCUCUUUGCUCUCGCCCUCAUCGGUUUCAGCGCCGGCUAUGGCUCCAUGAAAGUCUGCACGAACCCCAUCAUGGCGGACUGCGUUGUCUUGCGUUACCACGGCCGCUUGACGGAGGCAGAGGAGAAGGAGGAGGAACGCGACGGUGGCGCGGAGGCGGACUUCUCAAAGUCAAACGGGCGUGCCGUGCUCGCGCCACUGUCAGCAGCGCGUGAGACGGCAGACGAGGAUGACAGCAGUGAACGUCCGUCUGCACUGGUGCGAAGCAGCAUUGCGGAACCAGGUGUGAAUGAGGAGGAGGGUGCUCCGUUUGCCUACGGUUCAAUUCCAGCGGACGCCACGCGCACAUCGGACUCACCCAACGCAGAGGUCCCUGAAUCGCUACGCACGCUCUCUGAGACGCAGUUGGAGCAGCAGGCUCUCUCUCGCCUCUUCAUCUACGCAUACUGGAUCUCCAACGUGGGCGGCCUCGUCGGCAGCUUUGUCGCGCCACUGCUGCGCAACUGGGAACACGCACGCAUUGAGGUAGGCAGCGAGACGCACUCAACAGGAUACUACUACAGCUUUCUGCUCGCCGCCCUCUCCGUCGGCCUUGGUGCUGCGCUCUUGUACCGCUGCUACCACUGGCUCCCUCAUAAUGCACCAGCACCGAACUACGUUCUUGUUCGCGUGUUGGCGGCGGCUGUCGCAAACCGGUGGAGCGUGUUUCGCGGAACGAAGGUGUUGGCCAGUUCCGCUGCACCACCGCCGCGUGACUGGUUGGAUUACGCCUGUGCCGAUCUGCACUCGACGCCGGACAGCACGGAGGUGACCGUGGAGGAGGAUUGGCGAGCGGACCCUCACAGCGCAUCGAGGCCGACCACGACACCCGCAACGGCCGACCCGGCCUCAUCGCCGCCUCCUACACCCGUGCACGCUGCGCAUUCGGUCACGACGCCUGUGUGGGUCGCUGACUGCCGUGCCACGCUGCGAGUCUGCAAGGCCUUCAUUGCCCUUCCCAUUUACUGGCUCCUGUGCAACCAGUUUAGCACGAACCUAAUGUAUCAAGCAGCCGCUUUAGACCUGCCAGACAGCGUGCCCGAGGAGCUGUUUAACAACAUCAACACCGUCACAAUGCUCGUGUUCCUCGCCCUCUGGGAUCAGUGGAUCGUGCCGCGUGUGCUACGGCACCGUGUGCCGUCGGCCUGCACUCGCAUCGUCUGCGGUUUUGCGUGCAUGUGUGCUUCGAUGCUGGGGUGCGGAUUCCUGCAGUGCGCCAUCACGAGCCGUGGCUACUACGUGGGCGAGGACCGCUACGUGCUGAAGGAGGGGUGUCAGAAGCUGUCCGCGGGGUGGCUCAUUGCGCCGUACGUCCUGCAAGGCUUUUCGGCCGCCUUUGUCGACCCAACCGUGAUGGAGGUGGCCUACCGCGACGCCCCCACGCGGAUGAAGGGGACGGUCAUGGGCUUGUACUGGGUCGCAUCCAGCGCCAGCGGCUUUCUUGGACUGGCUCUCUCGCCCGUCAUGAAGCCGCAGAACGCCACGGUGCUCUUUUUUGUUUUUGCGGCAGCGCAAAUGGCGGUGUCCGGGUUGUUCUACGCUGUGAACCGCGGCCACGCCUACUAG